AUGCAUAAAGCGCACCUCGCGUUCCUGGUCCUCCUCCCGGCGUUUCUGGCAGCCGUCCUCGUGGGCAUACUGCUUCAGUGGCUUCUGAUGAAGCGUGAGCAGAGGAGGAUUGAGGAUCUGGUGGAGUUGAGGACCAAGAGCCGCAAUGAGAGUGUCACAGCGGUCGGGGAGAGUAAUGUCGAUGUGAGGGGUGCGGAUGAGGGUGCUGGGGAUGGUGGGAAGGGGACGGGGAAGGAGAAGGGGAAUCAGGGGGUUAAGGUGAAAGGGGAGGGGAGGGGGGAUGUGUGUGAGAGAUGGAGAGAGGGUGUGUGGAAGACGAUACCUGGCAGUUUCGACGAGGAGAACCUUGGUAAAGUUUGA